CAGAAUUUGUUUAUGUUGAAAGAUCGUCCAGUCGUCAUGUUUGACCUUUUUAACAAAAACGUUUUACUUUUUAGUGGACUAGCAACUGUGAUUUCAACUAGUGUUUAUGUUUUUUGGGGUCCUUCUCAAUCUAAGCGAACAAAAUCUAAAGAUGUGUGUGCUGGAUUACAGAAUUUAGGCAAUACCUGUUUCCUGAAUGUAAUUCUCCAGUCCUGGGCAUCAUGUAACAGUGUUAUAACAUGGCUCUCUGAUUUCAUUAUCCGACAUGAAAACCAAAGUAGUGAUUCCUUAGCUGUCGCUGUGCAAAAAACAUUGUCAGCAUUGAAUGAGACCCACAAUGACAUGUACAGUCCUGUUAAAGUAUUGGAUGCACUUAGAUAUAGAAGAUGGGUUAUCUCCCAUGAUGAACAGGAUUCCCAUGAACUGUUCCAUGUAUUAACACAGACUCUCGAUGAAGAUACUGCUAGAUAUCCCAGAGUUGUCUCCCUUUUUGACACUGAUACAUUGGAGAAUUCUGAUGUUGUAUACCAAUCUGAGAAACAUGCUUUGUCAAGAACAAAAGGCUUACUACCUGUUUUACCUCACAGAGAAAUGGAACAACCCUUUAGAGGAUUACUGGCCAGUCAGAUGGAAUGUCAGAAGUGUGGAUAUAGGAAUCCUAUCAAAUAUGAUGCGUUUGAUAGCUUAUCAUUAAAUCUGCCAUCCAUAUCAAUGGGAGCACUUACAUUAGAGAGAAUGCUUCAGCGUUACAUUAGUGAGGAAACAGUCCAUGAUAUUGAGUGUAUAGGUUGUAGUAAAAACAGGAAACCAGUCAUUAAAACCACAUUUAAGAAAAAGCUGACAAUAGGAAAGCUACCAAAGUGUUUAUGUAUACACAUACAAAGAACACACUGGUUAGACAAUGGAAUGCAGAUGAAACGUUACGAUAACGUGACUUUCCCUCAGACGUUACACAUGGAUGGAUUUGUUUAUUCAAAGUCUGCUACAAAAGACAGGAAACAGGGGUUAGUGGGAGGUCGAGAUGAUUGUGUCUUUAGCUUCCAAAAUCAGUCUGCAUCAUCUGGUGUGAAUUUACUACGAGCCUUGAACUAUGAUUGUACAACCCAGAGUGGCCUUCACAUUCAGAAACCAUUGUAUAAUAGUACAAGUGACAUUAACCACAACAGUCCUGAAGGAGCCAUGUCUUACAAACUUAGUUCUGUUAUCGUCCAUCUUGGAGAUGUGUUUACUGGACAUUUCAUCUGUUACCGUAGAAGUCCUCAGACUGUACAAGGAACCAGACAAAAUGAACGCUGGCUUUGUUGUUCUGAUUCAUCCGUUACUCCAUGUACCUUAGACGAUGUUCUGUCAAGUGAAGCUUAUAUGUUGCUAUAUGAGAGAUUGUAAUUUAUAGAUGUGGUCCAGCAUUUUGUGUUCAUACCAAAUUCAUCGAUUUUUUACAAAUGCACAUUGGUUUUAAACACUGCCUUAUUUGUAUUUUAUGAAGUUUGUUUUUAAUCACUACAAUCAUGAGAAAGACAAUUUUAACUGUUUUGUUAAAUUUAUUACAUAUAUAGUAAUACAUAAUAUUAAGAAUUCCUUGGAAACUUUCUACCUUGCAAACUUGGGGAUCUCCCUUUUAAGAAAUUUGUUAAAUUGGACAUUUAAUGUACAUUUUCUCCGCAUGCAAAGUUUGAUAACCUUAACUCUAUCAUGUAUUUAAUUCAAAUUUCUCAUCCUUAAAAUAUACCAUGAAGCUUGUCAAAUAGUGGCCUAUUCCAACUGUUCAUUUCUACCACUUAGAUCAUAGUUCAGUUGUUAACCGAUUAACUUGACUAUAGUUAUGUUUGCAUGGGUUGAUUGCUUUUUGUUUAACAUGUGUAAAGUUGUGUGCCAGUUACAAAUGUGGAAAUGUUUUAUGUUUCCAUUCAUAAGUAUGGAAAAAAGUUAUUUUUUAUGUGUGCAUAUUGCUUUUUGAAUGAUAUUUUUAUGUGGGUUAUUACACAUAUCAUAUUGAAUAUAUCUGCAUGAUUAUAAAAACUCCUGCAGGAAAUUGUUUAUAUAUGCUUCAACAAAUUUAAUAUUCUAUGGUCAUGUAUUUUUUCAAUAUUUCCUCAAUAUUUUUGUCCCUUUUUGGUUUUUCUUAGUAUGUGCAUUAAAAAAAAUGAUAAAAUUAUACAUCUUAAAAUUACUUUUAGAAGAAAAUAUUUGAAAAUCUACUUGCUUCUAAUAUAUUCACUUAUAAAAAUCGUUCUUAACAAGAAUUUCAACAGUAAAAAAUGUCCUAAAUUUAAAUGAUUUCAUUACUUAAAUUCAGUUUCGCUGUAAAUUUAAUUAGAUUUUUUACAGUUCUUAUAUAGACAUUUCAGAAGAUACUGGUGAUUAAUAUUCAUUAAUUUUGUCUUGCCAGCAAAGAAACUUGCUUUAAGGAUUAGAGUAUGCUAAUUUUGGUAUCUUGUGGCAUCAACAAUUGAUAAAGUGUGUGGCAAGUUCACUCAGACGAGAAGUAUUUUAAUCUAAAACUAUCAUUAUGCUACCUUCAUAUACAAUGUAUAAAAAAAUUAAUUUGUGUCGUCAUUGUUUUCAGUAGAGAAUGUUUCAGCCAUAUAUGUUUAUAAAAUCAUGCAAAAUAUUGUAUUAGUUUGUUACAUGUGAUCAUGUUUAACCCCUAAAGGUAUUUUAUCUUAACUAUUCAUUGACAGUUGUUGUUGCUUUUGAUGAACUUUUAAGUGUUUACUUUAUGUGGAUUUAAUAUCCAUUGUUGUUAAAGUCCUAAAAUAAAAUAUCUCUAUCAGUU